AUGUCUGAAAUCGCCAAGAUUCGAAUCGUCAACGAGGUAGUUCGACGCCUCUGGUUCGAGGACCCUGACGCUGGUGUCACUCUGAAGCGCUACAUGAGCGAGACCGACUACAUCAAGGACAUCAUGCUUGCCGUUGUUAAGGACAUUGGUCACGCCAUGAUGGAGCUUGAUCUUCGCGAGGAAAAGGCUGUUGCUUUGAACCGUUGCAAGUUCGAUCUUGCUCGUGCUGUCGAUGAGCACAACCUCCUCACCCGUGAUGGCUACGAGCAGACCUUCCGUCCUCGUCUCAACUGCACCGUCCACGGCCUCAAGCUUGUCGACAAGGGCAGCGACGGUCCUGGCAGCAGCACUCAGGGUGAUGAGCCUAUGAUGGAAGUGACCCUUCGCUUCCCGGCUCGUGAGUACAACGACAGUCCUCACUGCCUGACUCCCGGCAAGGACAAUGUCUACAUCAUGAUGAAGGGGCUUUGA